CGUAAUCCCAUUCCUUUGCAAAGUGAUUUGGAAGUUACAAAUUCGUGCAAAGCUGAUAAAUUUCAGCACUAAAUUCGUCCGUUUAUAUUAUUACGGACUUCAUUUUGAAAACUGUGAAUUCAGUAGACCCAAUUAAUUAUGCUAAUCUCGCGAGGAAACUCUACCCUGGACCCAAUGUACUUAGCCUUGAAAAAAUAUUAUGACCGUGACUUCGGAGGCUGUAGUGAAAUUUGUACAGAACUUCUGAAGCGCAAGCCAUGCAACGAAGUAAGCACAAAUUAAUUUUACUUACUUUUGGUAUGUUGGCAUGCCGGCUUUUGAAUGUGAAGACGAUUACAGAAAAUUUGUUUACCGAUGAUGAGAUAUAUUCAGAAACUAACUUACCUGACUUCUCAUUUUGCGAAGAAAAUGCUAUCAGCCUUCAUGAUUCUCAUCUCUCAUCAAAAACUUCAAGACAAGCUACAAGUGGUUUGAGUCAGGCUGUGCGCCCAUCUAACUUGACAAGUAAACCAUUAACUGGUGUUUACAACUUGGAAUGUAUCGAAAAAGGCUCUAGUUCAGUAGAAACAGUUAUUUGUAGAACAGCAAGGCCUAUGACAACUUAUUACAAUAGAAAUCAAGGAAAACGAACAUCUUCUUUACAAUUAGGUUACUCAAACAGUGAUCCUGUUCAAUGGAUUCGUUUAAAUCUAGCAAAAUAUGCUAAAAAUUCAGAAAUUGCUUGUUCCCUAUUUGAUUACUUAUUCUAUAUUACAAAAGAAUAUCGUGAAGCACUCAAUCUAGUUAAAUUGGUUCUCAAUCUUAAUGACAAGAACAACAUUCAAAAACGAGAAGUACUAUCCAAAAAUCCCUUUUCACACAAUGAAAGUGUUGAGACGAAUUGGUGGUGGUUGUUACAACAAGCACGUUGUUUGUAUUGUUUAGGUCUUACACGAGAAGCUGAAUGUUCUAUUAAAAUGUCAUUGGAACUGAAUCCAUCCGUAGAAUCUUAUACUCUUUUUGCCCUUAUUGCAAUGCGUUUUAAUCAACCCUUUCGUGCACUCAAUAUAUACGAUGAAGGAUUGUCGAAGUUUCCUGAAGACAUUGAUCUUUUAACUGGUAAAGCUCGAAUUUAUCAGAAGUUAAACAAUGGCUUACAAUCGGUUGCCCUUUACAAAACAAUAUCUCAAAUAGACGCUAUGAAUGUUGAAAGUUUGGCAUCGAUUGCGAUGUACUAUUUCUAUGAAGACCAACCAGAAGUCUCACUAAAAUAUUACAAACGUAUAUUACAUUAUGGAUAUGAAUCAUCAGAAUUAUAUAAUAACCUGGGAUUAUGUACCUUUUUUACUCAUCAAUAUGAUCUGUGCUUUUCAAUGUUCAAUCAAGCUGUUGCAUUAAGUGAUGAGACUAAUAUAUCAGAUGUAUAUUACAAUUUAAGUCAUGUUGCAAUUAAUAUUGGUGAUUUACAGAUGGCGAAACAGUGUUUACAUAUUGCUAUUGUGAACGAUAAUCAUCAUUCAGAAGCCUAUAAUAAUUUAGGAGUACUAGAGCAUAAACUUGGAAAUAUAAAUAUGGCUAAAGAGCUAUACCGAACUUCAUGUCAGCUGACGCCUGAUUUGUUUGAACCGCAUCAUAAUCUAACUUUCCUAACAGAAGCCCUCGGUGAAAUGCAUACAACUUUUGAGUUGGCAAAAACUUCGCUGCGCUUAUUUCCGAACCACAGUGACUUGCAAAACCUUCUCUUCCGGCUGAAGGAACAUUUCAGUUUGGCGUGAGAUACUACCUUAUCUUGAAUGUCUUUUGUUUUUAUUAUUUUUCUCAUGUUUGUUAGUAUCUCUUGUUGUAAAUAUGCAUGACUUGGUGUGAAAUGUGAACUAAUCUAUUUUAUAUUUAAAGAAAACAGACAUUUCUGGUUAAUCUGUGUUAAAAUUUUGUUAUGCACUAUAUUACCAUAGACAUGUUCAUUUCGUGAUAUAUCAAUUAUCAAUGAAGG